GACAGCGAUUUUGGAUUUGGUCGAAGACAGAUUUUCUUUUCCCCUCAAAUCCUUUGGAUUAUCUCCGGGUUCUCUUUUUUUUUUUUUUUUGCAUCUACCUGAUUCGCCUCUAUCCCACCCGCGAAAUUCUGUCUUUUCAAAAAAAAAAAUGGUGGAGGUAUGGAUCGAAUAACAGUGACGGAACUUAACGACGGUGGUGAUCGGGUCGGCCGGAGAUGGGGGUUCCCUUCGCUGUAAAACUCCGUUUCCGUUCUCGGUUUCGGUCGGCGAUCGACUCCUACUGCUUCGCCUGUGAAGCUUUCUCCGAUCGUCACCUUUCCAUUUCCUCUUCCUGCUCUUGACCUCGGCCUUUGCCCCUGAUCUCUCCUUUCGCUCCUCUUCUCUCUGUUUCUCUCUUGGUUCUCCUAUUCUUCCUCUUGUUUUCUGUAUAUGGCGUCUGGUUCUGGAAUUUUAUGUCACAAAUCGCCGACGAAGGAGGUUGAGUUCGCCGAUAAAGAUCCUACUGGUCGGUACAUUAGGUAUGGUGACAUCUUGGGGAAAGGAGCCUUCAAAACUGUGUAUAAGGCAUUUGAUGAAGCUGAUGGAAUUGAAGUUGCCUGGAACCUAGUGGUCAUAGAAGAUGUAAUGCAGAUGCCUGGCCAACUUGAAAGGCUAUAUUCUGAAGUUCAUCUGCUUAAGUCGUUGAAACAUGAAAACAUUAUCAAACUCUUCCACUCUUGGGUAGACGAUAAGAACAAGACCAUCAAUAUGAUCACAGAGCUUUUCACCUCCGGUAGUCUGAGGGCGUAUCGUAAGACACACAAGAAGGUUGAUCCCAAGGCCAUCAAGAACUGGGCAAGACAGAUUCUUCAAGGCUUACAGUAUUUGCAUGCUCAGAACCCCCCUGUAAUUCACCGGGAUCUUAAGUGUGACAAUAUAUUUGUCAAUGGAAAUACCGGAGAGGUCAAAAUUGGAGAUCUUGGGCUUGCAGCAGUUAUGCAGCAACCCACUGCUCGAAGCGUUAUUGGUACUCCCGAAUUCAUGGCACCCGAGCUAUAUGAAGAGGAAUACAAUGAGCUCGUUGACAUCUAUUCUUUCGGUAUGUGCUUGUUGGAGAUGGUUACAUGUGAAUAUCCAUACAGUGAAUGCAGAAACCAGGCUCAAAUAUACAAGAAGGUUACCUCUGGUAUAAAGCCUCAAUCUCUCAGCAAAGUCGAUGAUUGUCAAAUUAAGCAAUUCAUAGAAAAAUGUCUUCUUCAUGCUUCGUCGAGGCCAACUGCUAUUGAGCUCUUGAAUGACCCGUUCCUGGCAACAGAUGGUGUUAAGAACUCUUUCUGUAACGUGACAUCCAAUGGAACUUCUAAACCUGUCAAACAGACCCAACCUGAACAUCUGCCCAUGGAAAUGGAUCAUAACGAUAAUAAAAGUGUUUCUGUUUGCUCCUCUCUUAAAAGCAACCAUGAAUACCCUUGGCUUCACGCUCUUGAACUUCAGAGGGUUGCAGAGGAUAAAGAGUUCAGGUUGAGAGGGGAGAGAACUGAUGAUGUCACGGCCUCGAUGACUCUGCGUAUCGCUGAUCUAUCUGGUACAGGUCAAGCUAGAAUCGUGCAUUUUGCAUUCUAUAUGAAUUCGGACACAGCAACUGCAAUUGCAGAGGAAAUGGUUGAACAGCUUGAUCUAUCAAGCCGAGAGGUUAUAGUCGUAUCUGAGAUGAUCGAUGAAUUGAUAUUGAAGCUGAUCUCUAACAGGAGCCAGUCCAUAUCCUGUGACGUUUCAACUCAUUUGAACAGUUUGUAUGCAUCGGUUCAAAAUUCUCCUAAUCUACCUGCUGGAGAUAACAUGAAUCCGCGGUCAAAGGAUCAAGAAGCUGGAGGAUCAGUGAAUUCAGACAUAUCUGCCGAGUACUACUUUGCUGUCACCUCAAAUGCCAGCUGUGGCCGGGAUUGGGAUAUCGGGUAUCGGGUGUGUGAUUCAUACGAGGGGAAGAACAAGAAGGGCGCACUGGAAGUUUCUCGGCUGGCAGAGUCUCUGACAAGCUCGCUGACGUUUCAAGAUUCAUGCUCGGUGAUGUCAAAAGACUCGAGCAUGUGCUGUUUGUCGAUGUUGAGCAAUGAACAGACGGAGGAUCUGGAGGCGGAGCUCAGCACAAUAGAGUCGCAGUUUCAACAGUCGUUGCAGGAGCUUAUGAGGUUGAGAGAAGAAGCUAUAGAGAAUGCGAAACGGAAGUGGAUGAAGAAGCAGCAGGAGCCCUCUCCCAACUAACUGUACAUAACAUCUCCUUGACAUGUAAAAUAAAAAAUAAAAACUCCACACAAUCCCCCCUUUGUGCUUUCUUCUUCUUCACUCAGUUUUUUUUUAUAUUGUCCUCCACCACAAAUCAAUAGUUGAGUUUGUGGAGGAGAUGUGGGUAACAUAGUAUGUGUUUUCUUAAACUUGGAAUAUAGAUUUCCCUGUUUCCGAGUGUUUGGUUGAUUGUAAUAACACACUCUUUCGUUA